AGUUUGGAAGCCAACCACGCGUGCAGCCCGACCCGGAAAACGGACCCGCGUGCGGAAAAUAGCCGGAAAAGCCGUGGAAAUUACCAUAACGCGACCCCCGACCGCCGCGUUUCCCCGAUUUUAAUUUUAACGUUCGCGUGUCUGUGUCUCCUUAUCGUCACGAUCGACCGGCCGGUUUGCUGAAGGAUCACGAACGUCCAGACGUGUUUCGGGUCAGUUUGUGUGUGUCUGCGGGUCAUACGUGGCGCCGGUAAAGUUUCUAUCCUCCUGGACCCUCUUCAGCGACCGAAUUUGGACGGAAUUUAAGGAGUAUCCAGAUCCUCAAAAAAAGGACUCCAUCGAACUGUUAUAUUGUGUUUCUACCUCAGUCUCUUCGCAUUUCCCACAACGUUAUCAGCACCAGUAAAGAUGGAGAAGUGGAUGAUACCAUGCGGUCACGCCGGAAGCAGCAAAAAUUCAAACCAGAUAGAUCUAAUCCAGACCAUCAUAGACCAGAGCAAGAGAUCGCUGGUGAUGAUAGACACGCUGAAAGAUAAAUUUGCCAUCAAAACAUUCGGAAGCAAUUGGACAGACGUGCAAGAAUUCCAAGGAAGUAUACAACCGCUGAGUUGGUUUCCUAAGAUAGAGAAAGAGCUCGGAAAGCCUCUGAGCAAAGAGGAACUAGACAAGAUAGAGCUCAACACCCUCCUGAAAGACUCCUAUAAGAACUUGCAAAUAAUAGCAGUGGCAGUUGACCAGAUGAUAAGCGACGAGGAAAAGCGACGCGGUACUCUUAUUGAGGAUUAUAGGAAGACGAUCGAAUUGUACGUUCUCAGUGUGUUGUGCGAGAUUCAAACGGCGUCUAAUACCUUGAACGUGGCUAGACACAAAGAUGUAGAACGCACCAUUAUCGAUCCGAAAGACAAGAACGGGGAUGAUACCACCAUGAUGACGCGCCACUACCUGAUCAUAAGGGACUACCUCAGACUCCUAGAGUACAUCAUCGAAUGCUACGAACACGUCAAGUCCAAACUGUAAGACCUACAAACCGUCGAACGACGAUCAAAUGAAAAGUAUUAUGGAAAAAAUGUCUCCACUUAAUUUAUGUAAAUAUUUAUUCCUAAUUUAUUUCUAUUUUAUUUUAAUCUUAAUUAUUUAUAUCUAAUUUUAAGAUUGUAUAUGUACAUAUUAUAUUUUAGACGAUUGUAGUGCGAAAUUUCAAAUUAACACCAUUUGUCGAUUUACUGUACGGUGUUUCUUUGAAAGUGAAGAAGUUUGUGGCAGCAUAGACGAACUGAACUUGCUGAUGAUGUACUUACAAGAAGAAUAAAUGUAAUUAAAUGUUGACUUUGUACAAUUUAUAAAUAUUGUUGAUCUUGUAAAUUCCUUGUGAUUGUAACGUAUUCUAAACGUUUGUUGUCCAUUUAUUACUAUUGACAUGUUCGAAUUGUAUAUUGAUGUUGAAAACCAUUGAAGGCAGUUGAUUUUCUAUUGACGGUUGACGUUUCGAUCGUUUUCACUCGUUGUAUUUGAGACCCGUCGCUGCUACCAGUGUUUUUCAGUGGAAAAAUUAUGACAAUUGACCAUUUUUAUUGCAAAUUGGCAUACUGUGAUAACUAUUCGUUAUUUAAGUCAAUAAACGAUACAGGUCGGUUCAAGGAUGGGAGGUCGUUCUUGCCACGUGGCCUACCAACGUUCCAGAUUUAUAACGGUUAGGGAAAAUAUUUUAUUCGAAACAGCGACCUUUCAGAUUUGAACCGUGCAUGUUUUUGUUAUAA